GAGGACAACAUCAUCACUUUUGUGAAGGACGAGCUGAAGAAGAUCCAGAAGAUCCUGAGUCCAGAUUACCCAGAAUGCUUAGAGAGGGAGGAUGAAGAGCAGAGGAGGAGCAGCAGAGAGGCAUUAGUGAAGAUCACAGUGGACUUCCUGAGGAGAAUGAAGCAGGAGGAGCUGGCUGAGCGUCUGCAGAGCAUUUGUGGACGUGAACUUAAAUCUGCUCUGAAGAAGAAGUUCCAGUGUGUGUUUGAGGGCAUCGCUAAAGCAGGAAACCCAACCCUCCUGAAUCAGAUCUACACAGAGCUCUACAUCACAGAGGGAGGGGCUGCAGAGGUCAAUGAGGAACAUGAGGUCAGACAGAUUGAAACAGCAUCCAGGAAACCAGACAGAGCAGAAACACCAAUCAGACAAGAAGACAUCUUUAAAGGCUCACCUGGAAGAGAUGGACCAAUCAGAACAGUGCUGACAAAGGGAGUGGCUGGCAUUGGGAAAACAGUCCUAACACAGAAAUACACCCUCGACUGGGCUGAAGACAAAGCCAACCAGGACAUCCAGUUCAUGUUUCCAUUGACUUUCAGAGAGCUGAAUGUGCUGAAAGAGGAAAAGUUCAGCUUGGUGGAACUUGUUCAUCACUUCUUCACUGAAACCAAAGAAGCAGGAAUCUGCAGCUUUGAACACUUCCAGGUUGUGUUCAUCUUUGAUGGUCUGGAUGAGUGUCGACUUCCUCUGGACUUCCACAAAACUACAAUCCUGACUGACCCUAGAAAGUCCACCUCAGUGGAUGUGCUGCUGACAAACCUCAUCAGGGGGAACCUGCUUCCCUCUGCUCACCUCUGGAUAACCACACGACCUGCAGCAGCCAAUCAGAUCCCUCCUCAGUGUGUUAGCAGGGUGACAGAGGUCAGAGGGUUCACUGACCCACAGAAGGAGGAGUACUUCAGGAAGAGAUUCAGAGAUGAGGAACAGGCCAGCAGGAUCAUCUCCCACAUAAAGACAUCACGAAGCCUCCACAUCAUGUGCCACAUCCCAGUCUUCUGCUGGAUCACUGCUACAGUUCUGGAGGAUGAGCUGAAAACCAGAGUGAGAGGAGAGCUGCCCAAGACCCUGACUCAGAUGUACAUCCACUUCCUGGUGGUUCAGGCCAAAGUGAAGAAGGUCAAGUAUGAUGGAGGAGCUGAGACAGAUCCACACUGGAGUCCAGAGAGCAGGAAGAUGAUUGAGUCUCUGGGAAAACUGGCUUUGGAUCAGCUGCAGAAAGGAAACCUGAUCUUCUAUGAAUCAGACCUGACAGAGUGUGGCAUCGAUAUGAGAGCAGCCUCAGUGUACUCAGGAGUGUUCACACAGAUCUUUAAAGAGGAGAGAGGGCUGUACCAGGACAAGGUGUUCUGCUUCAUCCAUCUGAGUGUUCAGGAGUUUCUGGCUGCUCUUCAUGUCCAUCUGACCUUCAUCAACUCUGGACUCAAUCUGCUGGAAGAUCAACAAACAACAUCCAUGUGGUCUCAAUUAUUUAAUAAACCAAAGCUCCAAGCUCUCCAUCAGAGUGCUGUGAACAAGGCCUUACAGAGUCCAAAUGGACACCUGGACUUGUUCCUCCGCUUCUUCCUGGGUCUUUCACUGCAGACCAAUCAGAGUCUCCUACGAGGCCUGCUGACACAGACAGGAAGUAGCUCACAGACCAAUCAGGAAACAGUCCAGUACAUCAAGAAGAAGCUCAGUGAGAAUCUGUCUGCAGAGAAAAGCAUCAAUCUGUUCCACUGUCUGAAUGAACUGAAUGAUGGUUCUCUAGUGGAGGAGAUCCAACAGUCCCUGAGAUCAGGAAGUCUCUCCACAGAUAAACUGUCUCCUGCUCAGUGGUCAGCUCUGGUCUUCAUCUUACUGUCAUCAGAAGAAGAUCUGGAUGUGUUUGACCUGCAGAAAUACUCUGCUUCAGAGGAGGCUCUGCUGAGGCUGCUGCCAGUGGUCAAAGCCUCCAACAAAGCUCUGUGA